GCGGGAUGCAUCUGUACAUCCGUUGCGUACAAUCGAAGUUUUAUAAAGUGCUUGAAGACAAUGACCAAUAUUUCGAACCACCAACAACCCCACGAACUUUGACCAUAAUCCAAAUCUCCCAAUAUCACCAAAAUGUGCCCAACCAAGACUCCCAUCCGCGUCGGCGUCCUCUACGAAGAAACUCAAAUGACCGACCUUGCGGGCCUUGACCUCCUCGGCAACUUGACUCCCCAAACCAUCAAUCUGAUCGCAGCUAUGAAUCCGCAGUUCGCUUCCAUGGUGCCCCAUGCCAUCCCCAUGGACUUUCUCUAUAUUUCUUCCUCCAUGGAUUCCGCCCAUGUCACACCAGACAUGUACGUGCGUCCCACGCACACCUAUGCGACUGCUCCACGCGAUCUCGAUAUCCUGCUCCUCGGUGGCCCAAACCCAGCUACUGUCAAAGAAGAGAGCCUGUCGUUCUUGAAGGAGGCAAGUAAGCAGACCAAAGUCAUCUUAACGACAUGUACGGGAGCCAUGUGGUUGGCAAGGAGUGGGGUGUUGCAGGGGAAGAAGGCUACUACAAAUAGGGUCAUGUUGGACGUGGCGAGCAAGAUGUUUCCGGGUACGGAGUGGGUAGAUCGCAGGUGGGUCGUUGAUAGGGGUUGCUUCAAUGGUGCGGAGAUUUGGACCGCCGGUGGUGCUGGGUGUGGUAUUGACAUGUUCAUCGAGUACACGUACCAGAACUUCGAUAAGAAAAUGGUCGAGUUUGGAUGUGUCGGAUUGGAUUUCGAUUACGAGGGGCGUUCUGAGUUUUACAAGGGAAAGCUGCCUGACAUGACCAUGUCUUAGUUCUGUAGAGGAACUAGAACUUCGUUAUUCGGAGAAGUCGUGGGAAAGUUAGAGGCUCAAAGCGUACACGACAUGGGACGUCAAGCUCAUAUGAAGUCUAUGGCGCUCUCCUCCAGAGAAUGAACUGGCGCAAGUAGGUUUCUUACUUGUCUUACUCUUAACUCU